GGAAUUUGGGAACCUCUUGCUUUCCGAACAAAUGUCACAUUCCUUAUUGGUUGCCCUCUGGCACUUCUUCUGGCUCAGCGAAAAUUUUAUGGUUACGAAGCAGAGCCACUGGAAUGCAAUCAGCUGUACAAUUUGUACUACUCGUUAGAUCCGUGUGGUGCUCGAUUGGAGCCAGUACUGAAUCCUCAGCUCGCGAUGCUUCUACCAGUAAAUGUACCCCGUUAUCGCAACAGUUCUUCAGUUAAUGCACAAACUGACAGCUCGCUUGAUUCUUCAUUACUUUGGGGCAAUCGUCGGAUUGAUCAUACACUUUACUGUCCACAUUCUAUGGUCGCUCUUCCCUCAUCAGCGUUACCAAAAGUCCUACACGCUUCGUACUGGGAGAAUGAGGAUGUGGCCGCGUUCAUUUUAAGGCAAUUUAUUCGCUCAGAAAGUGUGCCACUAUCGAAUUUAUCGAAUGUUGCCUUUAUCCCUUCCGAAAUUGAUCUCGGUCCCGCAAUAUGGAAUAAGAAACGAACGAAAUACAAGAUAGCCAAUCUAGCACCAAGUCAUCGCGGAAACGAUGUGAUUGUUGUGGAAGGUGCUGAGCAGGUAAUCCAUGCACGUUUUUGCUACGGCCCAAUGGAUCUGGUAGCGCUUUCACGUGAAAAUAUUUCGGCUUACGUGCGUCCAGUUGGUGGUGAUUGGCAGCUGAUCAAAACGGAUAUAACUGAUUCGCAUGGCAAAAUCACUUUUGAGGUUUGCUGCUUUAUUUUAUGCCGGAUGUAUACCUGGGAUCUGAAAAAGAGGCUGUGCCUUCGGAUAAUCUAACA